AUGUCCACCACUCGCUCCUCCCUCCUCCUCGCGGUCGUCGUGGCUGUCAUCGCCCUGCUGGCCAUGAGCCAGCCUGGUGCCGCCCUCACCAAUGAUGUCUACACCAACGGCCGCCGCCUGUCCGACAAUUCGGAGUUCCGGGCCCAGCUUACCAACCGCGUCGUCCCCCUGAACCCCAUCAUCAGCGAGGGUCGCCGGUGCUUCAUUGACUCCGGUCGCACCAGCGGCCCGGUGACCGUGGCCUCCGGGUACCUUUACGAGGCCCAGGGCGCCAACGUCUGCUGCAAGGAGCGCGGUAAGAUCAUCCGCAGCGACGGGCACCUCCUGUGCCGGUACAACAUCGCCGACACCGACCAGUACAAGAACACCAACUUCUAUGUGGCGCAGUACAACGCCGUCGACUCCGACUGCCUGAGCGAGUGCUUCGGCAUGGGCGGUUGCGACAAGUGCCUCGGAGAGUGGAAGAUCACCUGUGAGCAGUUCUGCCGUUCGCCCUUCGGCGGUGGCUACGACUCCGGUCGUUGUGGGUACCCUGGCAGCCGCGACCCGAACCGCUGCUGCGAGUGCACCUUCUACGCCAACAACCUGUGGUAAGGAUCGCCGAAGCACGGAUGGCUGUCGGUUCCCCACCGCGGCUGCAUUUGCGCGUCCCCCUCGCGCGUGCAAGGGUGUCUGCCCUAUGGCUUGCUCUCUUUGUGGCCACUUGCUCCGUGCCAUUCCCCCCUCGUCUGUCUCUCUUCUCCGAGACGCGACGGCCUCUUUCCUUCUCUCUCUCUCUCUCUCU